ACUCCAAAUUAGACAUGACAUUCCUUGGCAACCUAACCUAAAAAAAUGAUAACCUCAAAUAUACCGAAAUUUAUAUUUAAAGCCCCCGCUGUUAAUCUAGUCCAAACAUGCGGAAUGAAAUUUUUCAAACCUCCAAAGCAAUACAAUGAUGUCGUAAUCCCGGAAAAACCGAAAUUACGUUUCUUUGAUAAAGUACCUCAAUAUCCAGCAAGUAUUAAACCCCCAAAAAUGCAGAAGAAAUUAAAAUUAAUGCGAGGUCCUGAAUUGGUACAUAACACAUUUUUGUAUAAACAAUAUGGGAUUAUUGCAACUGGGGGUGGUCGUUUAAGAUGGGGUCACUUUGAAAUGUUGCGUUUGAGGAUUGGUAGGGAAAUGGAUACUAGUCGAAUGUUUGCUAUUUGGAGAGUUGAUGCUCCAUGGCAGCCGGUGACUAAAAAGGGGCAAGGACAUCGCAUGGGUGGUGGAAAAGGAGCUGUUGAUCAUUAUGUAACACCGGUUAAAUCAGGUCGUGUAAUUGUCGAAUUAGGUGGAAAAUGUGAAUUUCUUGAAGUUAAAGACUUCUUAAACGAUAUCGCUGCAAAAUUACCAUUUAAAGCAAUGGCUAUUUCUCAAGAAAUGUUAGAUAAAAUUAAAGAAAAAGAAAUAUCUGAUGAAGAAAAUAAUAUUAAUCCAUAUACCAUGAAAUAUUGCAUACAGAAUAAUAUGGGUGGUUGUAGAAAUUGGUUAUCUCCUGUUGAUUAUAAAUGGUUUGGAAAGUAUCAUUAAUUAAAAAAUAAAAAUAUUUCUAUUUA